AUGUAGCAAGAAUAUUAGACUGAGAAUAAUCAGCAAAAUGAGAGUUUACUUCCAGAAAAUAAGAUUUAGCCACCUAAUACCAUUUAAGUUUCACCAAAACCUUUAACUUAAGAGGAAGCCUUGGCUACAUUACCAGAGAUUCCAAAUACCAUGAAUGUUGUUCACAAUUUGUUCAAUACAUCCCCAAAAUGUCAAAGUUGCGGAGGUAGAUUCUAUGAAGAGUCUAUUAUUGAAAUACCAGUUUUAGGUAAGUUUAAUUGGAAGUUUGAUUUUGAAAUACCCUGUUGUUGUUGUAAAUACAACGCAUUUCUUGUUGGAAAAUUGGCUCAAAUUUUUCCUAGACGGUAUAUCAGAGUAGUUCCUUAGCCAAAAUAACCUGAAUAUCAUGGUUGUAACAAUUCGCAUGGAUUUGGAGGAACUGGCUAUUUUUUAGAGAAUGAAUUAAUCAAUUUCGAAUGUGGGCAAUUUGGUAGACUCUAUAUAUAAGGAGUUUUAAUCUUAGAAUUUGAAUAAUGUGGAAAAGCUAUUGAAGAUAUUGCACUUGCAUCCGAGGGUUCAACUAUGCCUUAAAUGUAGGUAUACUAACCAAACUAUAAAUAUGCUAACAAAAUCACUUUUAAGGCUGAAAAAAAUAAUUGCCCUGAACAUCCAUAUUCAAUGGCAGGCUGUUAUUCAAUUUGUGAUUGUAAGAAAUUAAUUAGAAAAUUUGAAAUUUCUGGAUUAAGUUAAGGUGAUUGCCAAAUCAUAAACACAAGAACAUCAAAAUAAGCAUGUUAUAAAACUUGUGGUUGUAAGGAUGUAUGCUGUUGUGAUUCGUGUAGAUAUGCUGAUUAUCCAAAUUAUUAAAUAACUUUCAACAAUGUCACAAAAUUAGAUAAAUUAGCUAUCAUUAUGUGUUUGAUGCAUUUCAUCAUGUACAAUGAAUGGGAAUUUACAAGUUUCCAAGGCAUAUAACUUUAAUCUCAACUAAAGAAUGCAAUGGGGUUAACAUGUUGUUCUAUUUUUUGA